AUGGCCGCCGACUCACCACCCCUAAACAUCCUCAUCGUCGGGUGCAGCAUCGCCGGCCCAACACUCGCCACCCUCCUCCUCCUCUCCCCCCUCCCGGCCCCCCAGAAACCACACAUCACCAUCCUCGAGCGCGCGCCCGCCCUCCGCCCGCACGGCCAAAACGUCGACGUCCGCGGCGCCGGCGUCACCAUCCUGCGCAAGCUCGGCCUCCUUCCCGCCGUCCGCGCCGCCACCACCGGCGAGGAGGGCGUGCAGUUCGUCGACGCCGGCAACCGCGUCUGGGCCGCCUUCCCCGCCGACCGCAGCGGCGAGGUGUCCACGCCCACGGCGGACAUCGAGAUCCUACGGGGCCGGCUCGCGCAGCUGUGCUGGCGGCGGAGCGAGCAGGUGAGCGAGCGCGUGAAAAGGGAGGGGGGCGCGGGGAUCGAGUUCGUCUUUGGGGAGCAGCUGGAUGAGUUGGAGCAGCUUGGCGAUACGGUGCAGGUGCGGUUUGCGAAGAGUGGUGUGAGGCGCGCGUUUGAUGUGGUUGUUGGUGCGGACGGGUUGCAGUCGCGCACGCGGCGGAUGGCUUGGGGCGCGGAGGGGGAAGGUGAGCGGGUGAGGCGCCUGGGCAUGUACGGGGGGUUCUUCAGCAUGCCGCGCGUGACGGCCACGGACUCGGCCUGGCGGCGGUGGUUCCACGCUCCCGGGCGCCGGGGGAUCAUGCUGCGGCCGGACGGGACGGGCGAGCGGACGACGGUCUUCAUGGCGGUGGUGAGCGACGACGCGAGGCUGGAUGCCGCUGCGACAAGUGGACGAGGGGGCGUGCAGGUGCAGAAGGAGCUUAUGAGGGAGCACUUUGAGGAUGUGGGCUGGGAGAGCGGGAGGGUGAUCAGGGAGAUGAUGGCCACCGACGACUUUUACUACGACGCGGUUGCGCAGGUCAAGAUGGAGACGUGGAGCAAGGGUCGAGUCGUCCUCGUGGGGGACGCUGGGUACUGCGCAUCGCCCAUCUCCGGCAUGGGCACGACCCUCGCCCUCAGCGGCGCGUACAACCUCGCAGGAGCGCUGCUGCAUCACCCAAACGACCCGGCGGCAGCAUUCGCCGCGUACGAGGCCGCCAUGCGCCCGACAGUUGCCCGCGCGCAGAAGCUCGUGCCGGGGAUGCCGCAUAUCCUGCAUCCAGAGACAGCGUGGGGCGUGUGGGUGCUCAACGCCAUCAUGUUCGUGCUCUACCGGUCCGGGUUGAUCUCGCUGCUCGUACGGUUCGUAGGUCCACCGGCUCACGCCGUGCCUGUGAAAGACUACGGGUUUGAAGAGCUCAGCGAAGACUUGGAGUAG